AUGACACAUCAAAACACUUCAAUUGUCACAACCGCAGCUACUUUAAAUUUGCUAAACUUAAAUAUGAAAAGUCAACAAUUUUGGAUAAAUUGGUUUAAUAUUCUAUUCAUGCGCAUUUGCGUUGGUGACAUGAGGUCGCACCUCCUAAUGCUGACUGCAAUGCUCUUUGCACAAUUCGUUUUAUAUUUCCGGUUGGCAAUGACUUUCUUGUGGCGUCGGAGAUUUGGCAAAAUAUUUUUGGUUCAAACCUCCUUCAGUUGUUCCACGAUAUUCCGCAAUACGAAACCAAGAUCUAAAAUUGGACAAGGACGUCGUUUUAGGGCUAAAAUUUUCUCAAAUCAGACUAAAUUGAACAGAAUUAUUUAG